AUGGCCGAAAAUAUUGAUAUGGUAAAUUAUAUUUCCACUUUACUGGAUUCUGGGAAAUACAAAGAAGCUUUAGGUGCAGUCAAUGAAGAUAGAUUUGCAAAAAGUUUUAAAGAUAACUGCUGGGAUUUAAUAGCUGUGGUAAUUGGGAAAAUUGAAGAUGACACAAUUAUUAUUAAACCAUCAAUGUAUGGUGCAUGUGAACAACUAUUGGUCAUUAUUAUUGAGAAAUGCUCACCAGAAGAAGCUCUAUUAGAGUUUAUAGAGCAAAUCGAACUUGCAAAGAAUGAUGCUCAGUUUGGACUCGUACUACAACCACUCCAAGAUCUACUAAAAAAAAUGUCUGUUAAAAGAGGUAGAUCAUUGGAAUGGUGUUUAAAUUCUAUUAUUACCUAUAUUGAGAAAAUUCCUAUACCAGAUCACCAAUUAGAGGGUCAAGAAAGAUUACUAAUGGACUCUGACAUAAACAUGAGAAGGGUAACAAGAGUUUACACACUAUUACCACCAUUCUACAAACAUUUCAUGAAAGAAUUGGAUGAAAAUGAUACAAAUAACAAAACUAAGCAAAUAAUCACAGCAUUUUUGAUUAGUCUACUUGGUAAACCUGUAAUUUAUCUAGACUUAGAUCCAGAGACUAACGAUAAAAGUGAGGCAAGGUUAACUUGUUCAAUGAUCAUUCAAGAUAUUUGCACUCUUGAAAAGAAUGUACUGAAAUUUCUUGAGUUAGUGGAAGUUUGUUAUAGGGAAGGAUUGAAGAAGAGUGUAUCAAAACAGGAUAAUGAAGAUGAAAAGUUGCCUUAUGAACAUAAGGAAAAAAUCAAUAUGACUACCCUGUCUGGAUUAUUUUAUGCUGUUUUUUCAGGGCAUUUUGCUAUACCAGAAUUGGCAGUUCCACAAGUUUAUCGUUUAGAUUAUGUUCUUAAUACUGUAAUGUUGUGUUCUGUUCACUUGUUAAGUUUUCCUGAAUAUGGUCCACUUGCUAAAGCUAUUGCCUUAUGCAAUGCUGUUGUAGACCGCUUUCCUCAAAAAAUGUCAUAUGACUUAUUCUCACCAAUACACAUUGAUAUGUGUAAGGGAUUAACAAAUGUUGCAAUAUAUUCAAGUUAUGAAAUACUACGUAAGCAAGCAUUGGCAGCUAUUGAAUGCCAUAUUAAUAAGUUUGACUAUAAGGGAAGAUGUACACUCAUCAAGUAUUUAAUUGAACUAUCUAAUCAUUCUGGAAUGAUUGGAUAUGCUAUAACUUUAUAUAAAAACUCUAUAAAUGAAUCAUAUGCACAGCCUAAAUUAGACGAGUGUUUUACUGGAGCCCAACUUUCAACUAUGAUAAAAAAAAUUUGCUUCCUACCACAUGGUGCAGAAUCUGAUCUAGUUGAACUUGCUGAUCAAAUCAUAUCAGCAUUAAAUUUCUUGAGAUAUUUGGCAAUCAAGGAUAUUGAGAACCAUACUGGUAUCAGAGACAAUUUUAUGUACAUUGAAAAUAUUUACCUGGAACAACUACGAACUGGGCUAAACAUGUCUAAGGCUCAUUAUGAAGUAAAGCUACAGGAUAUUGAAGAGAAUGAUGUACCAGGAGAAGAACUUAAUGUUUCAAUUAAUGUUGGAGGCAAUGUAUUGGACAAGAUUCCUAAAGAAAACAAAAAAGAAAUAUUAUGUUCUGCUUUAAAUGCUUUUCAUUUAAUAGAAGGUCUAAUUGCACGUCUUUCGGAAUGUAUCAAUGUAAACAAAAUGCAAGCUUUGAAGAAUGGCCAAAGAAUAGUUGGUACAUUGGCAGUUGCCAUCAAUAAGAGACAAGGUUUAAUUAGAAGUUACUGUCAAAACAGUUUUGAAAAGGAGUUAAAACCUGCCACUGUUGUUACUGAACAUGAAGAGCACCAAUAUGAAGAAAAUGUUAAAAAUCGCAUUUUGGAAAAGGCUUUACAAUUUGUACCAAAGAGUGGAUGGUCCAUUGAAUCAUUAAGUUCAGGUGCCAAAGCAGUAGGGUACCCAACUAUAACUCAUGGAUUAUUCCCGAAUGGUGGGGCAGAUCUAGUCCAUUAUUUUAAUAUUAAAUGCAAUGAAAAGUUAGUAGAUCAAAUGAAAAGUUGGCCUAGUGAGGAACUGAAGGACUCAAAAGUGCCAGCAAAAUUUGUGGAAAAUGCGAUUAUGACAAGAUUGUUAAUGAUUGAUCCAUAUAAGAGUACCUGGCCUAAAGCUAUGGCACUUCAAACACUCCCUAAUAAUGUUCCUAACUGUUUGGCUACUCUAUUAUCACUUGUAGACGACAUUUGCUACCAUUCUGGAGACAGGAGUGUAGAUUUUAACUGGUAUGCUCGCCGGGUGGGUUUGGCAGGAAUAUAUAAAGCAGCAGAAUUAUUUUAUUUAACUGACAGUAGCUCAGAAAGCACUAGCACAAGGAAUUUUGUUGCAUCGCGCAUUCGAGACGCUCAGUUGAUUCAAACAGCACUGAACUUAAAUCCCGUAUCUGCUGCACCGCAAACUUUAACCGCUGCUUUUACGACGGCAAAGAAUAUUUUGGGAAUGAAUACACUUAAAUAA